AUGGAUAAUGGAAAUAAAGAAUGGUGGAUGGCUGCCAAAUGGAGUGAAGAGUAUGAACGAGGAAUAAACGAAUAUAUUAAAAGGGCCUUUUCUACCAAGUCUGAAGGAAACCAAUUUUGUUGUCCAUGUGGUAGUUGUCAUUAUCGUUAUUGGUGUGAUGAAAAAGUUGUGAGAUAUCACCUAGUUUGCAAUGGUUUUGUGCCAAGAGCGGACAAGUUGUCAGAAUUAGGGAUGCACUUUGAAAGAGAAAUACCUACUUUGGAUGCUGAUGAACGGUCGAACCAAGAUGAUUUGGAUGAUGAUCUAGUAGGGUUGUUACAUGAUGCACAUGAUGCUUUUAGAGAGGGGCCGAAUGAUGAGGCAAAAAAGUUUUUCCAGUUACUUGAAGGAGGCCAGGAGGAAUUGUAUCCCGGGUACCUUGUAAGGGAGGCGUUUCCUGAUGCCAAAUUGCCUAAGUCUUUUAAUGAAGCGAAGAGUGCUUUAAAGGUGUUGGGGUUGAAUUAUACUAAGAUAGAUGCAUGCCCCAAUGAUUGCAUGCUUUACUGGGAAGAGAAUGCAAAUGCCACAAGUUGCCAUGUUUGUGAUAUGCCAAGAUGGAAGUCGAAUGAUACAGAGAACGACACACCACUUGAAAAUGGAAAAAUCCAUAGGAUUCCCAAAAAGAUCCUUAGGUACUUUCCAAUAAAAAGAAGGUUGCAAAGGCUUUUUAUGUGCCAAGAGACUGCAAGCUACAUGACAUGGCAUACUAGUGGGCGAGAAAAUGAUCAUCUUUUACAACAUCAAGUAGACGGAAAAGCUUGGAAGGAGUUUGAUUCUUUGUAUCCAAACUUUGCUGAGGAUCCGCGCAAUGUCAAGUUGGGGCUAGCUACUGAUGGAUUUAGCCCAUUCAAUUCAAUGAGCAUUGCACAUAGUACAUGGCCAGUUAUAUUGAUCAAUUAUAACUUGCCUCCAUGCAUGGAUGAUUAUGAAGCCAGAGUUUUUGAUGAUCUAAAGGAAUUGUUGGAGUUUGGGUUGGAAACUUACGAUUCUUCAAGCAAUCAAAGGUUUGACAUGCGUGCAGCUUUGAUGACUACUGUUAGUGAUUUUCCAGCUUAUGCAAUGUUGUCCGGGUGGAGCACAAAAGGAUAUUUUGCAUGCCCUGAUUGUCAUUAUGACACUGAUUUGGAGAGAUUGCCUUGUAGCAACAAGAAUUGUUAUAGGGCAACUCGUAGAUUUCUUGAUCCAGGUCACCCUUGGCGUUAUAAUAAGAGGAAUUUUGACGGAGUGAUUGAGGAAAGAAGUGAGCCUAUUCCUUUGAAAGGAACCGAUGUUGAGUAUGUGUUGCGUGAUUUUCCAAAUGAAUUUGGAAAAAACCAAAAGAAAAGGAAGGGUGAUGAGGAUGAUCCAAUUCCAUGGAGAAAGAUGUCCAUACUUUUUCAGUUGCCAUAUGGAAGCAUUGUUCGAAUCUCCAUAAUCUCGACGUAA